GUGCACUACGUUAUGACUGACUGCAUUUCAAAAAGUUCUAGUUGAUUGACACUGUAAAGACACGUGUAUAGAGCCUCUAGUCUAACCACAUUAUAAGUCUUUUUAUACCUAACACACUGGGGUAAAACUGGUAUUCGUUUUAUUAUAGUACUUUUUUUUUCUGAGUACCGGUUUGCAACUAGUAGCCUAGAAAGUAGGUAUGUUUCUUUUUACAGUCAAGAUGAAAAAUUGGCCUUCAAGGACACUUCAUUCCUUUUAUGCGAGCUGAGAAAUGUCUACACUGACUUGCUGAGAAAAGAUGCAGUCAUUAAACCAGUUAAGGCUUCUAGUGUGGAAAAAUAUUUUACUUCGUCGUCGAUAUCCGCUUUUUCUAGCUUUGGAGCUACUUUGGCCAGUUUUAAUCCUUGGAAUAGUAUCAGUUUUAAGAAUAGGGUCACCACCUAUAAAAACUCCAGAAUGUCACUAUCAAAAGUGGUCAAUGCCAAGUGCUGGACUAGUACCAUUUCUUCAAUCAUUAGUAUGCAACAUAGACAAUUACUGCUUUACAAACCAAGAAAGUAUUGAGGCAUCUAAACAAUCUGCUAGAAGUUUCUCAGCUUUAACUCAGGAUGUGCUGCCACUCAUUUCUUCAAAUGAUAUAUUGGAUAUUCUUCAAAUAUCUAAUAAAAGCAUUGGUUUAUUGAAUCUGUUUAAGAAUGUGAUAAAAGAGCAAAAAUUUAUAUUUGGCUUAGGAGAACAACUUUAUAUAAAGUACUACAUCAGAAAUGAAACAGAAUUUAAAAAUAUACUUGUGAAUAAGUAUCAAAUCUUAACAUUAGGUGAAUUCAAUGAUAUAAUGAUGUCUAAAUUGAAUAUUGGUAAGCUGUUGAACAUGACAGAGAUUCCUGAUUUGAAAUCUGUUCUCUGUAGCUCUGAACAACUUGGGUCAUUCUUUAUUUUCCCUGCUGGAACAGAUGUGAAAAAUAUCUCCAUAGUGCUUUGUGAUUUAGAAUUGCAAAACAACACAGAACUGAUUAAUGAAGUUCUCCAGCAUCUAAACCUUUCAUCAUUAAUAAGAGCUAUCAAACUUAUUGAGGAAAUAAAAGAAAAGACUGGUUCAAAAGACAAUGUAACAUUUGCCUUAGAAAAUGUUGCUCAAAUGUAUGACAUUGUCAGAAAUGAAGAAACAUUAUUAAGAGCCAUUCAGGCAUUGUUUUCUAUUCCAAAAUUAGAUGACCUUUUCUCUGUGAUUCCUUAUAUAAUGGAGAAUUCUAGUGCUUUAGGGAGUAUGAUUGACUUAAUAAGAAAACUUGUUUUUAGUUUGAAUCCUAUAAUGGUUAGUCUUAAAAUGGAUAACUCAACACUAUGGGGAAUAUUGCAAGAUAUUGCAUUGCUAGGUGAUUAUUUGACAACUAUAGGAGAUGGCUCAUGGAAUCGCUCUUCCGCUGAUUUAGUUUUACCACUUGGUGAUCUACUGUAUAAAUUAAAUCAAUUAUCAAGUGACAGCUCCAGUGCAGUCGCAAUCAACUUAUUAAAGAUAUUUGCUGAUUUUGAUUGGGUUACCUUGUUUACUGAAUUAUUUGGCACCAGUGUAGCACCAACAUCAAGCACCAACAUCUUGAUUGACAGUCUAAUUCAAGUUCUUCUGAAGGGCCCAGAUUUAACCAAAGCACUUACUCAAGCUAUUAUAAAUAAAAAUUAUACAGAAUUUACUUUACUAGUAACUAAAGUCUUUUUGGGUUUUGGUCUCAAUGGUACUGUUGAUCCUUUGUUCCUCAACCCAAUUAGAAAUUUAAUUGUUGCUGUCCAGAGUUUGACUAAUGCACUUCAGAAUACAACCAGUCCUUUGCCCUUGUUUGUUACAUCUGUCAUCACCCAGUUGAAUUCUGCACUGAACGUGAUUGGCUUGAGCAUAUCUACAAUUUGCAACAUUGUCAUCCGCUCAUUUGGACAAACUGACCCAAACACUUAUCUGCCACUUUAUGUUACUAUUGAAAGCAUUGAUAUCAUGUCUGGCUUAGUCAAAAUAAUUCCAGAACUUGAUGAUUUAAUGUGCAUUUUAUUUGAUAAAACUGGAUUGAAUCUCAAUGUUUUCUGGGAUACAUUAACUAAAAUCGGAUUUUGGAAUGACUUGAAUAAGAUUGUCACUCGCCUCUCUAAUCCAAGCCAAUCACUUAACUGUUCAAAGCCUGUGGAAGAUAUGAUAGUGAUUACUAGUAGUAUUUCUAGCAGUUUUACAAAUGAUGGCCUGAAUAUAAGCAGGAUGAUUCAGUGUUUCAGCUUAAGUCAAGAGCAAAUUCAAAAUUUGCUGAGCUCCUUUAGCAAUUAUUUGGUGUUGAUAAAAAAUUUGUUGAACUUACUACAAAAACCAGCAAUUCAGAAACUUCUUACUGACCCUGAUAUACUACCACUGUUUGAUCUUACUCUUGAAAUAGUUAUCUAUAACUCAAAAGCCAUGCUGACUGUGUCCAAUCUGUUGAAAUCUGACAAGAAUGUAGCACAAUAUCUUUUGAACUCAGGGAUUUCUCAGUUAGUUGUGGAAACUUUUAUGAAUGCAGCAGUCAAUUCAAACCAGGCUUACUUUCUCCAACAAACAUCACUUGAUAUUACAAAUAUUUUGUGUGAUCCUGACCAACUUUCAAAAGUAAUGACCCCGUCAGUGACUGCUUCUGUCAGUCUCAACAGCCUAAGCAAUGCUUUCUGUAACACUACACUCCAAGCUGCAGUUCUAGCAGAAUAUUUAAAGAAUUCUUCUUUGUCUUCUUCUGGCAUCAAUGAUCUUUUAACUUCUGCCAGCCAAUUCAGUGGUAUGCUAAUUUCAUUGCUGCCAAGUCUGAAAGAUCUUGUUAGUGGAUUUUCUGAUGUUACCACUUUUUUCAUUGCCUCUGUUAUUGACACCAACAUAAAUAUUUUAGAAGAGAACAUUGAUGUCCUAGAUAAAAUUAUUGGAAGCAACACAAUGUCUGAAUUAUCCAAACAAUUACAGAAACUUUUGACACCACUGAUUUCCUUAUUUCCUCCUAAAUACAAAAGUGUAACUGUCUUAACUUCAGUGCAAACAAUUGUAAAUGGCCUUGUCAAUGUUGACUUUCUUAAAGGAUAUUUGUUGCCUGAAAUUCAAGUCAAAAGUCUGCUAAAAUAUCCAAUGAAUACCACAAAUUAUUUUACAAGUGUUUUAGGAAUUACUCAAAAUGUUGCCCAAGAAAUUUUAAAUGCUGUCUUUUCUUCUGGAAUACUUCAAGGCAUUGCUAAUUACAGUAGCUACACAUGCAAUGAAGUAUUGAAGAGACUUGUGUUUGUUAAUGCUACAAAAGCCACUCUUCAGAAUGUCCAAACUGAAAUAUGUGCUUUGAAUACUUCACAAGUUGUAAAGCUUUUAAAUGUUUUAAUCCCAGAGCUUGACAUUAGUGCCCUGAUAUCCAAAUACACAUCAACUCUUGUGGACACAAUACUUCAAGAUACAAAUAUAACCAGUACUGAGCUGACAGAGCUUGCUUACAAGAUAAAUCAAGGUCUUGUUUCUUCUAUCAAAACUUACCAAAUGCUGAACCAAAGUGAAAGCAAGAUGGAAAUAAUACAAAGUUUUUCUGCUGCCUUAACAAGUGAUAUGCCACUUGUGGACAAAAUAAGCCAAAGUGUUUGUGGUAGAAUAAUAUCACCAGAUCUUGCAGCCUUUCCAUCUGUUUCUGGAAUCACAGUAUCUACAGAUACCUUGAAUUUAAAUGGGGCCCAAAAUAAAAGUGUUGACAAUGAUUUACAAGGUACAUUUUGUCAAGAUUUUUUCAAGACUAUCAAUGACCUAGAAUUUGGAAGUAUUUUGUGGAAUUAUUUGAAACCUAUCCUGUUGGGUAAAAUUCUGUACACUCCAGAUAAUGAAAUCACAAGAACAAUUUUAUCUAAGGCUAAUAAAACGUUUGCAUUAGUAGGAGAACUAAACAGGAUUGCUACAGUCUGGGCAAAUCAAGCCGUGAAUCUACAAGGGUUGCUAGACUUUAUUAAAGACACUAGUCUGCUUAAGGAUCUCCUUAAUAAUGAGGUCAUUCAAGAUAUUCUAAGAGCAACUACAGGAAUUCAACCAGAUCUUCUUCUUACUAGUUUGCCUACCUUAGAAAACACAACUUUUAGUAAUGACAUCUUGGAAACUUUGCAAUCAGUUGCAGCAAUGGUGGCAAAUUAUACCUCUUGCAUUCUGGCCGACAGAUUUCAACCUGUGUCAAAUGAAACUGAACUGGAGAACAUGGCUUUCAAGUUAGCAAAGUCAAAAAUUUUUUUUGCUGGUAUAGUUUUCUAUGAUGUUCUCAAUGAGAGUGAGACUUCAGCAAGACAGAAGCGUCAAGUCAAUUCAAACACAAUACCUAAACAUAUAGGCUAUAAAAUUAGAAUGGAUAUUGAUAGUGUCAUGGAUACAAGUUUAUUGAAGGAGCGCACUUUCACCAUGAAUGCUGAAGACAAUUUGAUUGAAAACUUGCGGUAUCUUAGAGGCUUCAUUUUUCUCCAGGAUUUAUUAGACUCUAGAAUUAUAGAGCUUCAUAAGAAUCAAAGUUUAACAAACCCAGCUGUAAAUCUUAUUCAGAUGCCUUUCCCAUGUCAUCAUGCUGAUAGUUUCAUAUUUCUACUAGGAACCUACUUGGUACCUAUUAUGAUGUGCUUUGUCUACCUGAGUAUACUUGGUGUAGCCACUUACAACCUGGUGUAUGACAGGGAGAAUGGCCAGGAUGAGGUCCUUCGAGUGAUGGGGAUGAUAAAAGGUGUAAAUGUACUUGCCUGGUUUCUCAGCACAAUGUUUAUGAUGUUAACUGUUGCCAUUAUCAUGGCUGUGAUGCUAAAGUAUACCAACAUCUUCAUCUACAGCAAUUUGUUCAUCAUGUUCCUUCUGCUGGCUUGUUUUAGUCUCAGUUCACUGAUGUUGAUGUAUAUGGUUUCUGCAUUAUUUAACCGUACCAGUAUGGCUUUGUUGUUUGUAAUCAUCUUGUACUUACUGUCUUAUUUACCUUUCACCAUUCUCAUUGGAUAUGACUUCACUCUUAACUUUUGGCAAAGAAUACUUACGUGCUUUGCCUGCACUACAUCACUUUGUUUUGCUACAUUGAAGAUUGCCUUUCUGGAAGAGCAAGGCAUCGGUGUGCAGUGGUCUAACAUUGACAGAGCUGGUCCAGAUGAACUCAGUGUAGCUUGGUCCUUCUACAUGAUGCUAAUAGAUAGUGUCAUUUAUUUCCUUGUUGGUUGGUAUAUACAAGAAUUAAAGCCAGGCAAAUAUGGUGUGGGGCAGCCAUUUUAUUUUCCCUUUCAACUGUCUUACUGGAAAAGUUUUUGCAAGUAUAAGCUUCCUACCAGAGAAAGAAUUGACAGAAAGGCACAUACAGCAAGUAGUUUGUUUGAAGCACCACCUGAAGGUGUUAAUGUUGGCAUAUCUGUUGAAAACAUCAGCAAAAUUUACUAUAAUAAAAAAGUUUUAGACCAACUCAAUCUACAGUUCUAUGAGAAUCAGAUCACUUCACUCUUGGGACAAAAUGGAGCUGCUAAAACCACUACAAUAAAGAUCAUAUGUGGUUUGCUAAAACCUACCAGUGGUUAUGUGUAUUUUAACAGAAAUUUUUCCUUGGUAGGAAUUUGUCCUCAACAUAAUUCAAUUUUCAAUUAUAUGACAGUUAGGGAGCACAUGGAGUUUUAUUCUGAAAUCAAAAAUAUUAAAAACAAAAAGAUGUCAUUUCUGGAAAUUCAAAGACUGUUGAAAGAGGUAGAUCUCUGGCAUGCUAGAAAUGUCCCUGCUAAGAACUUAUCAUAUGGCAUGAAACGCCGUCUCUGUGUGGCUUUAGCGUUUGUUGGAAACACCAAGAAAAUAAUUUUAGAUGAACCUACUAGUGGCAUAGACCCUCACACAAGAAAACACAUAUGGAACUUAGUAACCAGAAACAGGAUAGGUCGCACCAUUGUGCUUUCAACUCACCAUUUGGACGAAGCUGAUUUCUUAAGUGACAGAAUCGCUGUAAUGCAUCAAGGAAAGUUACUUUGCUGUGGCUCCCCCUCAUUUCUCAAACAAUCAAUUGGUAGUGGCUACCAUCUAACUAUAAUGAAGAUAGAUCAAAGAAAUCAAAGUCACUCACAAGAAAUUAAUGAACUAAGAUCCAGGAGUUCAACAGCAGCAAUUACAACGUUCAUUCAAUCUUUAUGUUCUAAUGCAACUCUUGAAGAGCAAGCUGGAUCUGAUUUAAUCUAUAACUUACCAAAAGAUCACAGCCUGAUUGUACCAAUAGAUGAGUUUUUCAGAAGAUUAGAUCAAUCUGUUAAUCACCUAAAUAUUGCUAGUUAUGGGUUGUCUGACACUUCACUGGAAGAGAUAUUUCUUAAAUUGACCAAAUCAGCUGAUCAAAACUUGAGCAAUGACACUCCAAGCAACAGAACUUAUGUACCAAAUUCACAAUCUAGUAUUACUAGCUCAGAAAGUGAGAAUUCAAGAACAGAUUUGAUGAAAACAGAUUUAUGAGUCCUUUUGAGGCUGAAAUUCUCGGAUGGAAAAUUCUAGCUAUGGCUAUAGAAGGAGUUUUGUUUUUUAUAUUAAAUUUCAUUCUUGAUGCUGCUAAACCACCAGUUCUGAGGCUUCAGGAUGAGAGACAAACAUUUAAUGAAGUUGUUACUGAAGAUGAAGAUGUAAUUAGAGAAAAAGAAAGAAUAGAACAAGGAUUAGCAAAUGAUUUGUUGAUUGUGGAGAAUUUAUCCAAG